AUGCAUCCUGACGACUCGAAAUUAUAUGGCAAUGGGGGAUUGGAAAUGAUUUCAAAACCCGAGAAAUUUUUGAUAUGCCGGGAGUAUUCCGGACUGUUUGGAGUUCCAUGCGCCGAAGGUGACCUUCAUGAUUUUUGAAAGAAUGCUCCAGAAGCAUUUACAGGAUAUUCUGUUUUCCGCAUUGUACCUACAAGCGAUGAAGAGCUCAGCGUGUUGCGAACGCUGACACGGGAUGAACAUAAGCUGGAUUUUUGGAAGCACCCAACAUCUGUGAAUCAGGCAGUGGACGUGAUGGUUCCGCCGGAUAAAAUUGCCAGCCUAGAACAGUUCCUCAUGGAUAAUCGAAUAGCCAGAACAAUACUGAUGCAUGACGUGGAAAGGUACAUAAUAAAGGAAAAAUUAGAGAUGUCAGCGCCGUCUUUCUUAACUGGGAGAGACAGCAACACCUUUUUCUACAGUUACAGGAGAUUAAACGAGAUCCACAAUUUCAUGGAUAAACUAGGAGAAAGGAAUCCUAACAUAACUACCGUGUUUUCAAUUGGGAAAUCUUACGACGGCAACGACUUAAAAGUUAUAAAGAUUGGCUCAAAAGCUUCGAAGUCGUCAAAACCGAGCAUUUGGAUAGAUGGUGGAAUACAUGGAAGAGAAUGGAUCAGCCCUUCCACCGUGACAUUCACAGCUAGCAGGCUUGUGGAAGACUAUGACGGAAAUGAUGAAGUGAAGGAACUGGUCGAUCAUUUCGAUUGGUACAUCAUGCCUGUGGUCAAUCCGGACGGCUACGAGUACAGUCACACCUUUAACAGAAUGUGGAGGAAGUCACGCAGAGGCCCUCUCAUCUUCUGUCGUGGUGUGGAUCUUAACAGAAACUGGGGAUUUCAUUGGAAAGAGGGCGGCUCCAGCUCCAGCCCGUGCAGUGAAACGUACGCAGGGUCGGAAGCGUUCUCCGAGCCCGAGACGCGGGCCGUCUCAGACUACGUCCUGCGGAACAAGAACUUCGUGGCCUUCCUGGCCGUGCACUCCUACUCGCAGCUGUGGCUCACGCCCUGGGGAUGGACGGAAGCACUGCCGGACGACUAUGACCAGAUGGUCGCAGUUGCAAAAGAAGCUACUGAUGCAAUAGCACAACAAUAUGGAACGAAAUACAAAAUUGGUUCAUCUACAAACGUGUUAUACAUUGCCACAGGUGGUGCCGACGACUGGGCCAAAGGAAUUGCCGGCAUUAAGUAUUCUUACACCGUAGAGCUGAGAGACACGGGUCGCUACGGCUUCAUGCUGCCCGCAGAGCAGAUAAUACCCACAGGAGAAGAAACAUGGGCAGGGAUCAAAGCUAUGGCCAAAGCUAUCAAACGAGAGACUUGA